UGAGAACGGUACAGCUUUGAAAUCUGAUUUGCGAAAGCUGAGAAACCAAUGAAUGCAGCUGUUCACUCAAAGGAAAUUUCUCAAGAUAUCACCAAAUCACAAAUUAAACGGAGUUGUGGAAAUAAUAACAAAAUGCUUAAAAGAACGAAGCGAACUGCGAAAAGAAAAUCAUCAUCAACACAAAGAAAUAAUAAAACCAUGAUCAGACGAUGCAAAGCCAAUGCCAGAGAGCGAAACAGAAUGCACAGUUUAAACGCUGCUUUGGAUACUCUUAGACAAUACGUUCCAGUUAAAAACAACUCUCAAAAACUAUCGAAGAUCGAAACUUUGCGACUUGCUAGAAACUACAUCAUAGCUUUGACUGAAACUUUAUAUUACGGAGAAAAGAUGGAUGCACUCACAUUUGCUAAAAUACUAUCUCGCCAGAUGUCUCAGCACACGACGAAUAUGAUAGCAAAUAAUUUCAAUAUAAACAGUAAUUUUUUAAAUGAAAACAAAAGGAAUUCAAACGGUUUUACUGAGAAUAACGUACUUAUAUGUAACUAUGAACCUAUGCACUCGAUGGAUAUGAAUGUAGUUCAUGAUAAACACCACUGCAUUGAUAUCUGUCCUGGUCUUAUUGCAUGUACUUUCAAUAGAAGUGGAAAUAGCAAUACUUCUGAAUCAGAAGCCUCUCUGGAUCCCCUUUGCUACACUAAUAUGGUUAUCAACUGUGAGGAAAGUCAGACGAUGGAAGAAAAUCUAAGUUUAGAUGCGAAAACUUCGAUUCUUUGUGACUUAGAAAACAAUUCUGUAUUGCCAAACACUUGCUUUGUUAGUGCAGAAAAUGUAUCACCACAUAACUCUGCUGUUGAUGAUUGUUUCUUUCCACAAGUGGGCACAGCAGUUAGACAAGACUGCUUAUCCGCCGAAGCAGUUUCCAAUUAUAACACUCUCAUACCAAAGAUAUGAUUUUUUAGAAGACAAAUUCGUAGCUUGACCUACAAUAUAAUACUUUUUUAAUAUUCUUUAAAUUUGAUUCUCUCAUUUAUUAAAUUGA